CGUUAGCAUAUUGACAGAACGAGCACUUGGUUUUACAGACUCAUCUGUUGUAUUCAUCUGUUGAUUGCUUAUAGUAUUAUCGUCGUAUCUAUCAAUAGAAAUGGCAGAAGACGGUGGUUUUGAUGGCGCAGCCUUCACUGUAGAUGGUGAUAAGGAUGAUUUGAUUGGAGAACCACAACGUGCUAUUGGAAAAGGAGGGCAUUUGUUACAAACCAGUAACAGUUUCACAAGUGAAGGCAGUCACAAAAAUGAGGCAUCACCUCUACACAAAACCAAGCAGAUGCUACAAUCUGGGAAGGAAAUAUCUCAGUCGCGAGGCCUGAAGAUAAUUGUUGUGUCUGCAGUCCUUUUUGCCAUCAUUAUAACAAUUGCUCUGAUUUUGUCUCUUGUGUUUGGGGAGCCACAGGUGGGUGGUAAUGCUGGUGUGGCGGCUGAUGUACCCCUGUGCUCAGAUAUGGGACGUGACAUCCUCCGGGAUGGAGGAAAUGCUGUGGAUGCCAUGGUAACGACGAUGCUGUGUGUGGGAGUCGUGGAUGCCCAGAGUUCAGGAUUAGGAGGAGGUGGUUUCAUGCUUAUCCAUGACCAUAAGUCCCAUGAGUCAUCAGUGAUUGAUUUUCGAGAGAUGGCACCAGCAACUGCUAGUACAGGCAUGUAUCCGGGUAACCAGGAAUCGUUAGUGGGUGGGCUGGCCGUGGGAGUUCCUGGGGAACUUAAGGGCAUGCAAACAGCUCACAACAAGCACGGCAAAUUAGCAUGGAAGAGUGUGGUGAAGCCCGCUGCUGACCUUGCGAGGAAUGGAUUUCAAGUGACACAGAGCAUGGCGAAAGUAUUUGCUCAAGGAAAAGUGAAGAAGUCAGAAUUUAAAGGAUUACUUGGGGAGAUUUAUUUGGAUGACAAUGGGGACUUUGUUCAAACAGGAACACAUAUUUCACGUCCACAGUUAGCCAAUACACUGGAUAUCAUCGCAGAGCAUGGUGCAAGCGCUUUCUAUGACGGACAGCUCUCUCAGUCCAUCAUAGAUGCGGUGACCAAUGCUACUCCUCCUGGAAUCAUGACGAGAAAAGACCUCAAAAACUAUGACGUAGUCAUCAGGGAGGCUGUAGAAACAACAUACAAUGGCCACAAAAUACUGUCAGUUCCUGCCCCAGCCUCAGGAUCGGUUCUGCUCUUCAUCAUGAAUGUGUUGGAAGGAUUUAAGUUUACCAAGGCAGACAAAACAGCAGUAGAGACCUUCCAUAGAAUCAUUGAGACAUUAAAGUUUGCAUUUGAAAAACAACAACAGCUAGGCGACCCAGAUAAAGACACCACAGGACAAGUGAAGAAUACCACAGAUUUCUUGAACAGCAAAGCUGAAGCCAGUUAUAUACGCAGUCUAAUUACCAAUGUAACAAUGGACGAAACUGGAAAGUUUAAUAAACUGGACCAAGGAACGUCUCAUAUCUCCAUCAUUGAUGCACAGGAACUCAUGGUCUCCGUGACAACUACAGUGAAUAUGUGGUUCGGGUCCCGAAUAAUGACUUCAACUGGCAUCAUUCUGAAUGACCAGAUGGCAGACUUCUUCAUCCCAACACCAGGCUCCACGCAGACGCAGAACCAGCUGAAUGCUAUAGGGCCUGGUAAGCGGCCUCUGUCCAACAUGGCACCAGCUAUACUUGUCAAUGAAGACAAACCAUGUGCACUUCGUAUGGUGGUAGGGGCUGCCAAUGGAUCCCGGAUCAUUUCAGGUGUUGUGGAAACCCUCUUGAAUGUCGUAUCGUUUGGAGAGAGAAAUCUAACCCAGGCAGUUCUCGCCCCAAGGAUUCACUACGAUGCUGUAGCACGCGACACAGAGUAUGAACCUGGUUUUCCAGACAGUAUAGUAACAGGGCUGUCACAGCUUGGACACAAGAUGGUGCAGACUGUGGAAGGAAUCAACAUUGUACAAGCCGUGUCAAAGGUCAACAACACCCUACAGGCCAUGUCUGACCCGAGGAAGUGGGGUCGUGCCGCAACACUAGAAUAAUAUAUGAUAUCUAUACACAGGACAGUGCCACUAGACAGGCCAAGGAUUUGUGGUCCUGAGUGACGCUAGAGUAUCAACCCAAAGAUCAGCACACACUACACGUCGUUCGAUCCGAGGUUUGGGGUCAUGCGGUCACAUUGGUGUAGUCUACAUGUAAAUGGUUUUAUCUGCUUAUUUGUUUAGUGCAAUAUUACACACAUGUAUAAAACUCAAUCUAAUUAUUUUAUUGUUACUAUUGUCACAUAAAUACACAUUAACACUUUUUUAAGAUGAACAGGGCCUGACUUGAUACAAUUUUUGCUUAUUACGAAGUAAAUUAAAAUCCCCAUGUUGAUGAAUCUUUAAAUAUUUUAAAACAAAUUUCUAAAUAAAUGUAACAAAUUAAACUAUCCUCUGAUCCCGUGUCGGAUAUGAAAAUUACAGAAUCUAAAAUACUUAAGUCUCUUCCAAAUAUUAUUUUAAUUACAUACUGAAGCUAUUUAUGCAUAUUUAUUGUAUAAAAGUCAAGGUCUUUUAAAUGAAUAUUGCAUUUCGGAGGCAAUUUCCUAUUUAGUGUAAUAUUGUGUUGAUUUUUCCAAUUACCUUCUAUAUGUAAUUCUGCAGAUCUGAAUUGCUGUUCACACAGCUGGUAAAAUCAGUAAACGUUUUCAAUUACCUCCUACAAUAUUGGAGACAAUCAUGAACAUUACUUAAGAGUGUGUCAAUAUGCAUUAACUCAACAUAAAUUUUCAUAUUUUUGUAAAAUAUACUGAUUACAAAAUUACAGAAAAUUUCCAGUGUGAAAAAUCCACAUUACUUACCAAACGUUGAAUAUUUUAGUGUCACAAGUUGAACUCAGAGUUUAUCACAGAAGUUUAUCAUAAUUCUUAACUUCUCCCAUGUUUGAUAAGAAAUCAAUCACAUGAUUUAUCAAUUCAUUGACAGACGUUUGGUGUCAUUGUAUGAGAAGGUUGACAUAUUGUUUUGUUUUUAUAUUUUUUUUUUAUCAUGGAAGGUAACGGGGACAAAAUUUACCAUAUAUUCAGACUAUAAAAUUGUAUACAGAUGAUGGGAUCAAAUUUUCAAAAAUCUGAACAUGUGAGAUUUUAAUCAUUGUGGAAUUACUUAUAUUUACAGAGUUGUAACUUGGUUUCAAUUGGAAAUUUCCUCUCAGACUGGUUUUGUACUAUGAUGCUAAUGACACUUUUUAAUAUAUCAUAAUUACCUCUAACAUUUAACUUAAUGCAAUCCCUUAACUUAAAAUUUUCAGUUACGAAAGAAUUACAGAAUUCAAGAAAAAAAUCUUAAUAAGAAACCAUCCUUAAAUUCUGUGAUGCUUUCCUAUCGAAAAUAAGAAGUUCAGGAAUUUCCUUAAGUUAAGAAAUAUUGAUGAGACUGGCCCCGUGAGAUGUCAUUUGUGGGCUUUCAGCCAGAGCAGGUUAUCGGGGGAUCUUUUACGUAACUGAGGGAAAAUGCAGGUUAUAGUUGUUGCCAGAUUUUCAUGCAAAUGCCAGAAACAGAUGGAAAAAAAACUGAAAGAAAAAUACAGUCUAGUGUUCAAUGCUCAAGGCGAUAAAAUUUGAUCGAAAAUGCAACGUCUGAUUAAUUCCCAUAUACCGGUAUAUAAACUAGUAUUAGUGUAUUUAACCAGAUCAUUACCUGGUGCAGCUUAUGUGAAAUCAAUUUUACGAAAUGCUGAAAAUGACACAAGCAUUUGCAUCAGGUUGGUAUUAAUAGGAAAAAAAAUAUUAGCCUACUGCAACUAAAUCAACGUUGAUAUUACAGUAGGAGUAGGGGCUAAUCUUCUCUUAUUUUUUCAAUAAAUACUUACUAGAUGGAGAUGCCUGUGAAGCUGCUUAAAGUCAUUUUACAAUACUCAUGUGGGUAACACGAAAUCAAACUUGGUUUUAUUAUGGCCAAUUUUUCUAAAAAAAAAAAAAAAAAAAAAAUAUUUUUCCCCAGACCCAAUCAUUAUCAAUUUUCAUAUAAACUGUUUCAGAAUGUGGAAAACAAUGAUAUAUCAUAGGUCUUUGUGUUUCACAUUAAUGAAUAUGUGCUCUAAUUUAUUGGUCCGAUUUAAGGGUUAUUACAGUAGAAAGGUAUGUUGGUGAUGCUUUUUUCCACACAUUCUUCUAUAAUGAGAGAGAUUUUUUUUUAUUCGAUCAGGAAAAAUAUGAGAUAGGGUUUUAUUUUUUACUUCAAAGCAAAUGAGGGAGGGCCUGAGAUGCAGGGAAUUUUCAGGCCUGAAGGUUUUGAUAAAACCACCAAGUUCUCUAACAGUCAUUGUUACUGAACCACUUUUAUCUCGGUAUGAUCACUCAUAAUUCUAGAUUGAGAACAUGCCCCAUCUUUGGCUAGGCAUGACAUGUUACUCCUUUUUGUGUCAC